UUGAUUUUUUUUUUUGAUGGGCACAAGUGAAACGAUGUGAAGAAGCGACGGAGAGAAACUAAUAACCUUAUUACAUUAUUUUAGUGCUAACAGUUUUCUUCUCGUUAUUUCCCCACAGCACUAACCGGAAGUAUCGCACAUAUACAGAAAGGUCUUUCGCGUUAAAAUAAAUAAUAACAAGGGGAUACACCCUCAGGGCAGGUAAGAAGAAAAUCAGAAACAACUUAUGUGCGUAGAUACCACCUUGUUUGCAGCAUUUAUUGAUUUAUUUCUCACUUUCGCGGCGUUUCAAACGGGGACUCGGUUUGAGUUAGAUGGGCGGGAUUUCCGGUUGGCGGUGUUUAGCGUGUACCCGGUCGAUUUAACCUAACGCACGCCGCCAGUGUCGCGUUAAAUCUCUAUAAAAUGUCUCUGAGAAGUUCUGGGACGACGUGUGCCGUUCGCGGCUGUCACCACAACCGAACGAAACUAAACCUGUGGCUACAACAGGAGUGUUACGAUCACAAACCGCUCACGAAGUCGGAGUGCUCCUGUCCGCAGUGGUUUUCCUUCUAUCGCCUGCCCGCUGCCGAGGAGGACAGGAGGAUCUGGCUCAGGAACCUGUAUUUAAAAAAGCCUCCGAAGACUCUGUACGUGUGCAGCUUUCACUUCGUCGACAAGAAACCCACAGCAGAGAACCCUUAUCCGACCCUAUGGCUCGGCUAUUACAGACCUCCGGAAAAGAAACGCCGCAAACUGCAAAGAAAAGAAACCGGCGCCGCGUCUGCAGAUGAGUGUGGUGGCACAAAUAGUAAGGCUCAGGUUCUGGAUGGACGCAACUCCGAAAGACCAAAAUAAUGUGCUUUAUUGAGAUCCAACAUCAGCGCUACAAAGAUUUAGGUUUCAGUCAGUGUGUGUGAGCGUUCAGUGCCUUCAGCAGAGCUGUUGAAGUGUAUCGUUUUAAUGACACUCAUGAAACCGAAGCUUAUUUCAGUAAUAUCUGAUAUGUCGCAUCGUUUUGGAGUUAAAGCGUGUGCAUGGACCGCUUGUCUCACAGACAUCUUGGCUUUGAUCGAAGCCACCUGCACUUCAGCGGGUUCCUCGGUAGGUCUGUUCAGAGAGAGUGCUUCAUCCAAAGAACCUGGAGGCAAAAAAUGAGAAAGCGACAUGCUACGGUUAACCGACUAGCUCAGUCACGAUUUUCUUUUAUUGUAUGGAAAAAAAGAGAAAAGGUUUAACGAAAGCAUAUGCUGAAUGUCUCCAUUUUGUGUUUAGCAAAAAUAAAGUGAAAUGAUUUUUGCUUUUUGGGUGAACUUAUGUAUUGAUAAUGCAAAUGAUGUAAUAAAGGAUAAAGUUGGUUUAAAAUGUAAAAAGAAAAGAUAUAGACACUGUUGCUGAUCAUUUUGGGCUUUAAUAAAAAUGUGAAUUUUGAGAAAUUAAA